AACCAGCCCUCUCUAACUAGGGGCUAGUCAUGUCACGUCAAGCCUUAGCCAGAAAUUCCAACUUGAGAGAGACUGCUGUAGUGAUUGUCAAUUCAUCUGUGUGCGCUCUGUGUGUGUGAGAGGUGAGAGAAAGAAACCUCCAUUCAUUCCCCCUCUCUCUCUCCUCAUGGUUGUGUGCAUCGUGUAUGUAUAUAUCAUGAUGUCGGAUCGUCUCUCUCACGCGGACUCGCAGAGAUCUUUCACAUCACCACCAUAAGAGAGGAAGAGUGCCAAGAAAUACAUCAAAAUUUCACCUCUCUCUCUCUCCUAUAUGAUUUCUCCAAAUUUUGUUUCUAUUUAUGCAAAACUGACGGGUCGACUUCUUUGAUCUUCUUGUUCUUUAUGACUGCUACAAAUUUUUAUGUGUGACUGCUAAAAAAAAAAUCAAAAAAUAUCCUUAGGUUUUUUGUCAUCUCUCCCAAUCAUCCAAGAAGGCAAGAACACACACUCGCUCUCUAGGCUAUUCGCCACUUCACGUAAAACCCCCAAUUCUUGAAACCCUUAUAGCAGAUCUUCAAUUUCCCAUCAUCUCAGAACCAGCCUAAAUCAGAAAAUCGCGGAGCUUGGUGCAAAAAAAAAAAAAAAAUCGAAUCUUCGUCCACAGAAAAUGCAAAAUCCGUCACUGUAUUCACAGAUUCAAGCACAAGCGCAGCAGCAGCCUCAAUUUCCGGAUCAGGAGCAGCUGAAAUGCCCUCGCUGCGAUUCCGCAAACACCAAAUUCUGCUACUACAACAACUACAAUCUCUCCCAGCCGCGCCAUUUCUGCCGGAGCUGCAAGCGCUACUGGACCAAAGGCGGCGCCUUGCGAAAUAUCCCCGUCGGCGGCGGCUCACGGAAGAACUCCAAGAGGAGCUCCUCCACCUCCUCCUCCGCCGAUUCCGCUGCCUCCAAACGUCCCGCCGUGGCCGCAUCCCCGCCGCCGUCGGCUUCCAAAGACGAAAAAAACAGCGAUCGGGACAAGGCAAGGGAGGUGUUCGACACAUUGCCGCUGAGAGAAGAGAAUUUCAGUGGGCAGUUUGAAAGCUUGAGCUUCAGCUCUUUGCUGGGGUCAGGUGGGGACCAGUACGUCGGUUUGCUCGACGGGUUGGGACCCAACGGUCCGGACUUGGAGAUAAACGGGCAUUUCGACGAAACGGGUUCUGGUCCCAAUGUGAAUCCGGCUUUGGACGGUGAAGGCGAUGAAUUCUUGAAUUUGCAGGGUGGGGUCGGCGGUGGCGGCGAAGGUGAAGGUGGUGGUUGUGAUGGCGGCGGUUGGGGCGGCGGCGGCGGCGGUGGCGGUGAUUGGCCGGAUCUUUCAAUCUACACACCUAGCUCAAAUUUUCAGUAGCAUUGAGGUGAGAUUCAAUUAGGAAACAAAACAGAAUCUGCGGAGGAGUUUUAUCUGCUAAUUCUUUAGUUUUUUUUUAAAGAGUUUGGUUGCUUGUUUUUUUUUUCCUAAUUUUCUUACAUAGUAGUGGUUGAGAUCUUUGAGCAAUCUAAUUAUACUCCUAGUAUUUAAGCAAUAUGAAAAUACGUGAGUAAUGGUGUAAAAGUAGUAGGUUUAUGCCUCUAAUUGCUGGUUUUUGUGUGGUUUGAAACUUUGGUAUCAGCAUUAAUGGUGGAGGUAUUAAUAUCAUUCUUAGAAUCUUGGAUCA